AUGGUCAAAGCCGUCAAGGGUGUACUCCUGGAAUGCGAUCCCACAGUGAAGCAGAUCGUGCUCAAUCUCAACGAGCGAGGCAAUUUCGUCAUUGAAGAUUUGGAUGAGACCCAUCUAUUUGUGGAAGCUUCAUGCGUGCAAGAGUUGCAGUAUGAGCUGGAUCGGAUCCUGGACGAGAAUUCAUACACGAUAUCAGCCGAAGAACGCGACAGCCGAAAGAACUAA